AUGAUUGGAGCAAACUCACAAUUUAAAACUUUCCCAGCAAACGUCGAGAACCCGUACGAAGUCUCUUUACAGGUCCUACCCAAAACUGAGCCUGAUGCCUCCAGUUUAGGUCAUUAUUAUCGCUCAUGUCCAAGAAAUAAACUCCAAGCGUAUUUUUUAUGUAGGCAGGAGAAAAGACUAAUGGAGAAAACCUUGCUCUCAAAAGUUGGUCCAAAGGAGAAGGAGCACCAAAGGAAAAAGAUUCUGACUCAGCCUCUGUAAGCGAACAAAACCAUUGAAAAAAAUCCCUAUUUUUGGCCCAAAAAAUUCGAUGUAUAAGUGAUAUUAGUAUAAUGAAAUCUGUUUAAUUUUAGAAAUUAAAUUAAUAUUUGCUUUUCAAUUUUUAAUUUUUUUAAUUUAAAAAUAUUUUAAUAUAAAAAUUUAUAUAAAUUGUAGCGAACAAAAGUUUUUUGUUCACUCAUGGAGGGGGAGUGAGGAAUUUCUUCGCGUGGAACGCUAAGCAGAUCAGAACUGACCCUACAGAAAUCAAAUUCUGAAACUGGAUCAAGUCCUUGAACCCUGAUAAUGUGGUGAUUUUUUAAAAAUUUUUUAUACUAAUUUAUUUCCAAUUUUUUAAUAAAAAUUGUUUAUUUUGAAUAUAUAUACCAAAUAAUGUGUAUUCUGAUGAGCGGUUUAAAUCAAUGUCUUACGAGUUUCUUGAUAGACUGCUAUCAAAACCAAGCUUCAGAGAAACAAUAGACCACUGGCUUGUUAUUUAUGAAUCAACUUUAGCCUUAAAUGAAGAGGACGAAAAAACUCGACAUUUUAUAAGUUUUAUCCGGAAUUGCAUCAGCAUUAAAGAUGCUGUACUUUUGAAAAAAAAUAAUUUUAUUGCAGAAAAUGGCAUCGAAAUCCAUUUUGAAGAGCCAAACACUUCUGCUCGUCCCAAACUAUACUAUCCCUAUAUAAAUUUACCCAAAAAAAAUAAAAUUUUUAUAAAAAUUUAAUAAAACCCAAAAAAGAUAUCCCAAAAGCAGCUAGAAAAUAAUGGCUGCUAUUUUGAGGUAAAAUGCAGUAAUCCUCCCUGCCCUAUUUUCAAAGCCAAAGAAUUCGUAUACAUAGGAAAUAAUUUUACCUUUGAAUAUUUGAGUGAAGCUCAAACUUGUUUCUGCAGAGAGUGCAGAGCGCCUGUUUCAGCCUUCAACGUCAGUUUUCUGUCCUGCAAGUGGGCUUUCAAAGGAAAUACGACAGAUGGGGUUUAUAUUGAAAAUCCUGCUGAUAUUUGCACAGGAUUUGCAAGUUUAGACGAGAUUAAACUUCAUUCUUGGCAGUGGCUCCAAAUAAAAUCAGUUGAUUUGACUCCUGAAGAAAAUGAGUUCAUAUCAGGCUUGGUCGUAGGGUCAUUUCAGGACCCAACAGUCCCUAAAUCUCUUAAAAAAUAUUUUUUAAAAAAUUAAUAAAUUAUUUUAUAAAAAAAUAAAAUAAUUGUGAAAGAAAAAAGGGUAAGAAAAAAUAUAAAAAAAGAAAAGAGCCAGCAGUAAGUCUAAAAGUUGAGUGUAAAGAAAUUGAGAAAGAUGAAGAAUGCGAAGUAAAACCUUCAUGCAAAAUGGUUUCGGUCUUUGUUCAGACCAUUGAAGAAGUUGUUGACCCAACUGUUCUUCUGAAAAAUGCUUACUUACUUACUUACUUACUUAGAUAUUUAAGGUGUUUUGAUUUCUUCAGCAGGAUAAUUUAGGCAUGCUUAAGCCCAUCCUUUUAACUCCCACCGGUGACGUCACCAAGCAAUCUUGGACCGGUUAGCCCGACCAAGCCAUUCUAUAAAGUUCCAUCCCCAGCGGGCCAGAAAUCCCGCACCGGCAGCAUUGCCUCGCCCGAACUUGACUCCUGCGCGUGUUCCGCCUAAGGGUCACCCUCCUCGGGUGUGUCAAGCAGCAAACAUAGGUGUUCUUAGUAUCUUGGACCAAAGAAAUACCCUAUGCGGUAUUCCAUAUUGGUGUUGCUGAUAAAAGCCCACGUGGAAAACUGAACCCCAUAAUAAUAAAAGCGAAGGAAGGAAUAGUUCUCGGAGAGAACUAAUUCCGCACUGAGCCAUUUUAUUAUUAUGUUCUUCUGAAAAUGCAGCUUAAAAAAGAUCUGGAUAUGAUAAAGAAGCAAAUCGUUGAUAUUGCUUUUAAUACUUAUAAAAACGAGCAAACAAUUGCCUGCCUUAAAGAGGAGUAUCAGAGGCUCGUGAAAAAUGGGCAAAGCAAAGAUGUUGAACAAUAA